ACAUAUUACAUUACAAUAUACAAUACAUCACAGUUUUCUGCUUAAUUAUAAGCUUCUUUUUUUCCUACAAAGUUCUUUUGUAAUUUGUAGUGAGAAAUAAUGGCUAAUGCUGAAAUAGGCCCCUUUGGCACAUCCGUGCAUGGAUUAACUGGCAGAGAACAAACAUUUGCCUUUUCAGUAUCCUCUGAUAAUAACAAUAAUAAUGAGAGUACAAAAUUCUCUUUGCCAGUUGAUUCAGAACACAAAGCAAAAACUCUGAAAAUAUUCUCAUUUGCACAACCCCAUAUGAGAUCUUUUCAUCUUGCAUGGAUUUCCUUCUUCACUUGCUUGAUUUCCACUUUUGCUGCUGCUCCACUCGUUCCGAUCAUUCGAGACAAUCUUGAUUUAACAAGAUCAGAUAUUGGCAAUGCUGGUGUUGCUUCUGUUUCUGGCAGCAUUUUCUCCAGGCUUGUUAUGGGUGUACUUUGUGACUUGAUUGGACCAAGAUAUGGAUGUGCCUUUGUUAACCUGUUAACAGCUCCCGUUGUUUUCUCUGUUGCUUUUGUCUCAACACCUCAGGGUUACAUAGCGGUUCGAUUCAUGAUUGGAGUAUCAUUGGCAACAUUCGUGUCAUGCCAAUAUUGGACGAGUACGAUGUUUAAUGGGCAGAUAAUUGGGCUUGUUAAUGGUGUUGCUGCAGGAUGGGGAGACAUGGGAGGUGGUGUCACACAACUCCUUAUGCCUUUCCUUUUUCACAUAAUUCAACUAACUGGAGCUACUCCUUUCACUGCUUGGAGACUUGCAUUUUUCAUCCCUGGUUGGCUUCAUAUAAUUGUUGGUGUUAUGGUCUUGAUUCUUGGCCAAGAUUUGCCAGAUGGUAAUCUUUGUGACUUACAAAAGAGCGGUGAUGUACACAAAGAUAAAUUUUCUAAGGUAUUUUGGUUCGCAGUGACAAAUUACAGGACGUGGGUCUUUUUUCUCGUUUAUGGGUUCUCCAUGGGAGUUCAACUCUGCAUGAACAAUAUAAUGACGGAGUAUUUUUAUGACAAGUUCAGUCUAAAGCUUCACACAGCAGGAGUUAUAGCUGGAGUAUAUGGCAUGGUAAACUUUGUGGCUCCUCCUUUUGGUGGAUAUGCUUCUGAUUUAGCAGCAAGAAAAUUUGGUAUGAGAGGAAGGCUUUGGAUCCUUUGGAUUCUUCAAACAUUAGGAGGAGUUUUCUGUGUUUGGCUUGGCAGAGCAGAUACACUUCCCAUAGCCAUAUUAGCCAUGAUUUUGUUCUCUAUUGGAGCUCAAGCUGCUUGUGGGGCCACUUAUGGUGUCAUCCCUUUCGUUUCCCGAAGAUCGUUAGGCCUAAUCUCUGGCCUAACUGGUGCUGGAGGCAACUUUGGAGGCGGUUUAACACAAUUGAUUUUCUUCUCUAGUACAACAUUUUCUACAUCUAUGGGGCUGACUUGGAUGGGAUUCAUGGCUGUAGCUUGUACUGUCCCUAUUGCUUUAAUUCAUUUCCCGCAGUGGGGAAGCAUGUUUCUUCCAGCAUCGAAAGACAAAAAGUACAACGAAGAGCAAUAUUACUGUUCAGAAUGGACUGAGGAAGAGAAACAAAAAGGUCUUCACCAUGGAAGUAUUAGAUUUGCAGAGAAUAGCAGAUCUGAACGUGGAAGAAAACACAUUAUUUCCUCGGCUGUUACCCCACCAAAUUCUACUCCAGUACAUGUUUGAUGAUUCAAGGAAAUAUAUAUAAAUAACAUUUUUGAUAUAAUAGUGAACUGUGAUUGGUUGCAUACUAUAUGAGCUCAGCAUAGCUAUGAGCAUGCAAUCAUGAAUCCAUUUCAGUUCAUGCAUUGUCUGCACUAUGUCAUCUAUCCUUUCUUGUGAGUAAAUAUAUAUAGUAAAAUACAUACGGAAUUUAAGAUCA